AUGACCUACAACAAGUCCCCCCAAAUGUCAAUGUUCACCAUGUUCGAACAUCAAUAUGCCUCCCUAGCCGCUGUUCCCGUUUUAAAAAGAUCUCCAACAUUGCAGACCGCCGGCGGGUUCAGAACCGCAUUGCCCAACGUAACUAUCGUAUGUCUACAGCCACGCCGCAAUGUUAGCGUUUACACUCUUAGAGAGACUUUAAAUGACAGUAACAUAGGAAAGAAGUGCAAGAGACGCCUUAAGGACCUUAAGAGGCGGGCUGGUCGGGAAAGCACAACCAUCACACAACCUAAGCGCUUAGAUCAGCGUUCGCAUGUUGCUAAGAUACCAAAAGUAAUAGAAUCCAUAAACAAAAGCCAGCAUAUAACCCCCGCGGAAGCCAACAAGGCCUCACUUGCGCAACAUCAGCCUAACAUUUGUGAGAGAUUAGAGAUUGCCCUAAUCUUCACCUACGCGACCUGUUUUGCACUAGGAAACAUGAUCUUCGCUCCCUCGCACACCACGCAGCCUUAUCUCAUAACCGCCAAGAUGUACUAA